AUGUUGGUGGCUGUGGUAUCCAAACCGCUGGCAGUGGCCACCGAAGAUGAGCUGGUUGGAGAGUUCCUGCAAGCACAGAAUGCCCCUUUACUGUCCCGUGCACCCCAGACCUUUAAGAUGGAUGACUUGUUGGCUGAGAUGCAAGAGAUUGAACAGUCAAGCUUCCGACAGGCCCCUCAGCGAGCUCCAGGUGUGGCAGCCCUGGCACUGUCUGAAAACUGGACCCAGGAAUUCUUGGCUGCAGCAGACAGCGCUGGUGAUGUCUCUUCAGAUUACAAUGAGGCUGACUGGUCACAGGAGUUCAUUGCUGAAGUGACAGAUCCGCUAUCUGUGUCUCCUGCCAAGUGGGCAGAAGAAUAUCUAGAGCAGUCAGAGGAGAAACUGUGGCUUGGGGAAUCGGAAGACCAGUCUUUGGCGGAUAAAUGGUAUGAGGAAUAUCAACCUGAGGAUGAUCUUAAGAAAACUGUUAGUGAUUUUCUUUCCAAAGUGGAUGAUCCAAAACUCAAGAAUUCUGAGUUCCUAAAGUUUGUCCGCCAGAUCGGAGAUGGGAGGGUAUCGAUCGAAGCUAAUCAGGUGACCCACAGAGACCAAGAUCAGGCAGAGCAAUGGGCAGCUGAGUUUAUACAGCAGCAGGGGGCAUCCGAUGCCUGGGUGGAUCAAUUUGCGCGAUCUGGAAACAUGUCAACUCUUGAUACGGAAUUUGAGCAGGCAAAGACUGCUGUGGAGUCAGAUGUGGACUUCUGGGACAAACUCCAGGCGGAAUGGGAGGAGAUGGCCAAGAGAGAUGCAGAGGCUCACCCGUGGCUCUCUGAUUAUGAAGACCUCAGCUCCUCAUCAUAUGACAAGGGUUACCAGUUUGAGGAAGAUAAUCCCAUGAGAGAUCACCCAGAUGCGUUUGAAGAGGGGCGGAAGCGCUUGGAGGAAGGUGACCUCCCCAAUGCCGUCUUACUCUUUGAGGCUGCAGUGCAGCAGAAGCCAGAUCAUAUGGAGGCCUGGCAAUAUCUGGGAACCACCCAAGCAGAGAAUGAACAGGAGCUUUUGGCAAUCAGUGCCCUCAGACAGUGCUUGGAACUGCAGCCUGGGAACCUCACGGCACUUAUGGCUUUAGCGGUCAGCUUCACCAACGAGUCCUUGCAGAAGCAGGCAUGUGAGACUUUGCGGGACUGGCUACGCCAUAAACCGGACUACGCUCACCUGCUGGAGAAGGAACCAGAGGAGAGUGCCUCGGGGACAAACCUGGGCCCUCCCAAACGUGUCCUAGGUUCCCUGUUGUCCGACUCACUGUUCAUGGAGGUGAAAGAGCUGUUCUUAGCAGCUGUGCGCAGCAACCCCUCAACUGUGGAUCCUGAUGUUCAGUGUGGCCUGGGUGUCCUUUUCAACCUUAGCGGCGAGUACGAGAAGGCUGUGGAUUGCUUCAGUGCUGCACUCAGUGUGCGCCCCAAUGACCAUCUUCUAUGGAACAAGCUUGGUGCCACCCUGGCCAAUGGGAAUCGGAGUGAGGAAGCUGUGGCUGCGUAUCGUCGGGCGCUGGAGCUCCAGCCAGGAUACAUCCGCUCUCGCUACAACUUGGGCAUCAGUUGCAUCAACUUAGGUGCCCACCGUGAGGCUGUGGAGCACUUCUUAGAGGCUUUGCAUAUGCAGCAGAAGAGCCGAGGUCCGCGGGGGCAGCAAGGCGCUAUGUCUGACAACAUCUGGAGCACCCUCCGCAUGGCCCUCUCCAUGCUGGGGCAGAGUGACCUGUAUGGGGCAGCUGAUGCCCGUGACCUCCCCACACUGCUUCAGGCAUUUGGCCUCCAGCAGUGACUCCUGGAUGGGCUCCCCUGUGAGUGCAGGGUUGGCCCAGCCCAGCAGUGACCUUCCUUAGAGAGAAAACGUUCACUAAGGUUCACACAUAUCUUUGCUCUGGUAGGGCAGAUCAUUGGCAACUGUUUUUUCACGGACCUCCCACUGAAGUGUGCAACUUCCCUACUUGUCUGUUGUGGCCUGAGCAUCUCUGAGCGGUUCGUGUUAUCACCUCUGUGAUUAACUGAAACUCUGCUGGUAGGCAGAUGAUCAAAUUGGGGAAGGCAGCAGCAUCCAGCCUUCUUGCCAGACUGCAUUUGCAGUAAUGCCCAGCUUGGCUAUGAGGCCUUACGAUAGCCAUUCUG